AUGUUUAAAUGCGAGCAGUGUCCAUCCACGUUUACGCGUAAGGGUAAUUUGACUGCUGACCAAAAAAAUCACAAUGGUGUUCGUUUUUCUUGUACUAUUUGCGCGUCGACAUUCGGCUACAAGACACAUCUCAAUAGGCAUAUGAAAAAUGUGCAUGGUGUCGUGAACGUUCCGGCUCAACGUCAACCAGCACAGCAAAGUGUUAUCCGGCCUACUCCACAAGGUCAUAUUCAGAUUGCUCCUGGAAUAUUUGUCCCAGAUGUUCCGGCCGGUGGAUCGAAUGCGGCAUCCGACGACGAUAUUAUUUGUAUGAAGGCAAUGGACGAAUUUGAGAAUACAGGUUAG